AUGACAAUAUUCACCUGCAUAGUCAGAAAAACUGCAGCAGAUAUCAACACAUUUAAUUCUGAAAAGAGUUCUGUUAAGAUCUUGGAGACUAGUAAAAAAAAUGUUAUCACUGCAUGGAAGCCCUGUGAUUUUAAUAUUACCGGUGUAUGGUGACUGAAAUCAACAUCUCCCAGGGAAGCAUUUAAUUACUGUUACCGUGAUGCAGAUCUAAUUUAAACUCAUCGUGGUAAAAAAGAAUCUGUCAACUGUAACGACUCUAGAAGUACAUUGUAAAAUAAUAUAUCAAAUGCUUCUUGAAUUAUAAUUGCACAAAAAAAAAGUAAUUUGUUUUAAAUGCUUUCAUGCUUUUGUCUGUUUUAGGAUGUUACAAUAAUGUAGAUUAUAAUAAACACUGCUUUUAUAUACUGACAAUAUACCUGUUUUCUUAGUCCAGAGUACAGAAUCCUUGGACAGAUUCCAAAUACAGAUAUAUAUUGCGAUGUAGAAGAAUAUGAAGAGGUAGGAAAUAAAUGUCACAAAUUACCCUCUAGUUAGUAGUUUUCAAUCUUUUUUUCUAACAUAUUACAAUUAAUAUAUUCUGUCAAAUGUCAACAGAGAGACAGAGAUCUACCGAUCUAUCAAUCUAUCCUAUCUUAGAUAAAUAUAUUCAUAUCGUUUGUGUGUAUGUAUAAUACCAUAAAUUAUUUGGGCACAAAUUCUUGUUUGGCUUCAUUUUUCAUAGUUUAAAAUGCAGCUUAUUUUUCACCUUUAAAGUGUUGUUUUUUACUCCUAGGUAAAGGAAUACCCUGGAAUAAAAGUAUUUCAGGCGAACACGUCGCUCUACUUUGCCAACAGUGAGCUAUUUGUCAGUGCAUUGAGAAAAAAGGUAUGUGUACUUUGUAAGUGUAACAAGGCAGCUCCGUUUCAGGAAUGCUAUUUCCAUGUCAUAUGUCAGCAAGUAAUGUUUAAAAGACAAUCACAUACUAAUUCAGACUUAUAUUUAUUUAAAGGAACACUAUAGUGUUAGGAAUGCAUGUAUUCCUGCCACUAUAGUGCUGGAGUGGCAGUUUGGGACCCUGGACCUCUUGUUUGAGAGUGAAAUGGGUUUUUAUUCACCAUUUCUCCAUCACUGCCCUGGUCUUGCGACAGCUGACUUCAAUAAAUCUUGAUGAUCUUCGAUCUUCUCUAAAUAGGCAGCAUUUAUGUUGAAAAGCCUGCAGGGACAGACUAUAGACACCAGACCCAUUACAUAAAGCUGUGGUUGUUUUGGUGACUAUAGUGUCCCUUUAAGGGUUAGUCCAAGAACCAUGACCAUGUCAAUAAUUUGAAGGGAUCAUGGUGCUUGGAGUCUGUAUCUGCAACAUUUGGUUUAGAAACACUGCACAUAGAGAGUUUAAACCCUCACAGGGGCGACAUUAGCCAGCCCGGAACACUAAUGUCAAUUCUGUGCAUAUUCCUAUGCACAGAAUUGCAUUUAUUGGCUGAGAGCACUUAGCUGACGCUCUCAGCCAAUGGAUGGGCCAGUGGGAUCAACUUCCAGCUUCUGCAGCUUGCAAAAGCCAGAUGUCGUCACUGGGCACUGGGGACCCAGAUAAGAGGGCAAAACGUUUUGCCCCAUUACUGGGAAAUGAGGCCAAGAUACUCCUAUAGGCACUACAGUAGGCUAUAAUUGUUUUGAUGCUAAAGGGGAAUAACCCUUUAAUGCAAUUCAUAAAUUAUAUUCCCAUUUGAUGGAUCAUAUGUAUUUUAUAUCAAUUUAGACAAUUUUCUAUAAUGUUUGUUUCAAUGUAAAUAAAAUACUGCCUAAACUCUAUAUAGUACAAAGAAUCAUGCAUGCCUGUUAUAUGUGUGUCCCUUGCCAUCCUUUCCACUGUAAUGUCUCUUUUAUCACUUAGUCAUACCCUGUUCACUAGCCACCCCACCAAAAUCUGGCAUGUUUAGGUGAUGGCAUUAUACUACAGACCUAUUUGUUAUCUCAGGGAACACCUAUUUGAAUCAUUCUGAUAUUUGCCGCUGCUUUUCUUUUAAAUGUAAUCCCAUAUAGAAAUCAUUGCUAUUGUUGUCCCAAUGUCUGGCUAUUUCUUUCUGUACAUAUUAAUUUUGAAAACAUUAUAGUUGAUUCUAUUGCAAUGUUAUUAUUAUCAGUGACAUCCAUGGCAGUUAUUAAAUAAAAGAGUUCAACAAAUUGUCACGUAACUGGUGCAUUUGGUACAAUUACCAUCUUUUUGUCUAUGUUUUCAUUUCAAGACAGGGAUUGAUCCUGGUGCUAUAAUGAUUGCCAAGAAAAAGGCGCAGAAGAGGCAUGCCAGAGAAUUGAAGAAAACAAAGCAAACGGAGAAGAAAGCUGUUUUAAAGCUUGUAAGUCAUAUAUUAGCUAUAUUACAUGCUGUAUCUGUCAUGAAAUUUGGUCAACCCAACCGAAUCAGCAGCACCAAUGGCAGGUGACUAAGGGACCUUUUUCCGAAAGUAUGUCCACUCCUCGUUUUAUAUUUUAUUAGUAGCAUCGGUGGGAGACACUUGGUCUAUCGCUGUAUUAUUAUUAGAGUCACCACACACUAUCUAUGGAUUUGAACUGGGUGAAGCACUUGGUUCCCUCCCCAAAGUAAAAUUAAAAGCUCUCAAUCUGGAGGGGGACACUAGGUUUCUCCUUCCCUGUUUAAUAAGUUGCCCCCACAUGCUGACCAUCGGGGGCAGUGGAGAUCAUUUGGAUGAUUACAAACUUAGUGUGAAAAAUAAGGCAUUUAGUGAAUAAAAAAUAUAGAUAAAUUUUAUUUAAAGCAGCUGUAUAACACUCCGUAGAUAUCCCAAAAAAUCCACUAGGAAAUAAACAGAAAACUAAACUACAACUUAUUGUUUAAGUGAUAUAUCCCACCUCCUAACCAACUAAGUAGUGAGUGCAGCGCUAAAGAAGUUGUAUAAAUAACUUACCCCUCAAAGUUUUCAGUUUUUUUUUUCAUUUACAUAAAAUAGAAAGAAAUGGUACAACAUAGUGUGAUACUGUAUACAAUGUUUCAAGACGUAAAAUUACAAAUACAAUUGAGAGUAGAUGUGCAUCCAUCUCACAUUUGUUGGAACCUUUUGUUGGUAUAGGUGCUAAACAAAAACUAGGUGGCAACAUCUACCUUCUUCUGUACCCCACUGGGUAGGAGAUUUUCUUCAUAAAAGAUGUGUAUAUGUAAUAGAAAACAAACAGCAAUUUAGUAUUUAUACAACUUCUUUAGUGGUGCACUCACUUCACUACUUAGUUGGUUAGGAGGUGGGAUAUAUCACCUAAACAACAAGAUCAUUAGGAUGGCUAUCCCCUCCCCCAACCACGUUUUGUAAAAUGUAAUAGCCUCCAUUUGCUUGGGAGAAGAGAGUGAACAGUGAUCAAUCCACCACCCAUGAUUACAUUUAAAAAUGUCCCCAUCCCCAUUGGCUGCCCAAUUGCUAGUUUUUAAAGAUUGGCAGAUAAAAAGUUCCCUUAUACUUAAAUAGUAGUCACAUUGACCAGAAACAGAUUUACAUCACAAAUGCCUCUAGCACCUCCCAAUUCCACCCCCAAACUAAAAAAAUGUAAUUGAAAAAGCUGAUCAAUUUAAAUAUGAUAAACGUUUUUAUGUAUAAACACAUAUGGAGUGUAUGUACUGUAUCACAUCUGUAGCAGUGUGUGUAAAUGUCUUAGUGCAUGUAUUACUGUGUUUGUAUAGAAAGUGUGCAAUAUUGUGUGUCUAGUAGCAGUAUGUGUAGUAGUGUGUGUUUGUAACAGUGUAAGUAGCAGUAAAGUACAGUGCAGGAGAAUGUGUGAGUCUCUGUAAGGGUAACGGCAUGUAUAGCAGUAUGUGCAACAGUGUGAGUAGUAGUAUGUGUGUGUGUGUAUAGUGUGAGGAAAAGUAUUGUGACGAAACGCCGGACACACCGACCAGGUGCCUCCGCCAAUCGCUGCUUCCUUAUUGCUCACCAAGUACCACAAGCACUCCACCAGACACCAUCAGCACCGUAGUCCCCACGUCCAGCGUUACAGCUUGGCUGGGAACUCGCUAUCCCCCACCCACCCUGGACCCAAUACCAGGAUCCAGCUUCCAGUGGGUGAACCUCCCCUAUUCCAGAGAGUAUAGCAGGAACAGCUCUUAUAAGAGCUAGUGAUUAUAAUCCCAGGGGAGUAUAGUGCUAUAGCAACUCCCAGGGUAGAUAGGGUAGCCAUUUCCCCCACACAUGAGAUAAGACUCUAUGUUGAGGGUAAGCAAGAGAGGCAUGCCAGAGAAUUGAAGAAAACAAAGCAAACGGAGAAGAAAGCCACAACUGGCCUUUUAUGCAAGUCCUCAUGCAAGGGGCACUCCCACCCUGGACCUGAGAGUAAACCGCAGUAUAAACAAAUACAAAACUACAUUGGCUCUCAAAUCCAGGACACUCCCAUACAUAAUCAGAUAAUCCCUCCUCUGUGCCUGGGAGAUAAUUGGAUCAGGAUCUGUACUAAUCUAAUCCAAAUAUCUCCAAGCACAGAAAAACAUACUUUUCCCAAACACCCCAAAAGUACCUCUAAAACACAUGGAAACCCCACUAAAGUUACAUCCCCUGAUAGCCCUCGAUCUGGGGGACCAACAUAUCCAAAAAUCACCCAGAUCGGUUCAGGGGUUAGGGAUUUCCGUGGAAGUCAUAGUUUUGAGCGACUGUGUACAUGGUCCUAUGCCCAAAACAGUUCCAGGGAAUUAGGGCUAACGAUCGGUCUCUCUUUCUGGAGUACAAAGGUACAUAUAUCACAUACGUUUUUUUUAAAGGGCCCAUAGGUUUUUGGCAAGAGGCUGGCCAGCAGAGCCUGUGGCGAGGUUACUUUCGCCACAAGUAUGUGUGAGUGUACAAUGUGGUGAUCAGUAUAAGGAGCAGUGUAUGCGUACAGUGUUGGUAGCUGAUUUGUGUGUGUACCUGUCAUUUCACAAGGUCACACAAUGAAGUCCUCUCCCUCAAUGCUCAAAUCAAUGUGUUCAGACUGAGGGAGCAGGGCCAAGUACAGAUCACAUAGGGGGUAUUUAUCUAAGCCCUCUACACACUUAUUAACCCUUAAUAGGGUACACAUGGGGGUAUUUAUCUAAAUAUCCUACAUACUUAUUAACCCUUAGUAGGGUACACAUGGGGUGGUUCGGUCCGGGCCAUUCUAAGUUUAAUGAAUAAUGAUGUAUAAUUCUGCUUCCCUAGAUCUACUACACUAAAGCCUAUUACUAGUGUAAGUGCAUGCCAUGUGUAUACAGUGACAGAGCAUAUCAACAUACUGUACACUGAACAUAUGCUGUUUUACAUUAUAAAUAGAUUCUUCUUUUUUUUUUUUAGACCAAUGAUGUGGAAAUGGCUGUAAAGCAUGAACUAAUGGACGACGAUCCCAUGACAGAUUUAUCAGUAAAUGAUAAAAAUGGAUCAGCUGACAGAAAUAUGCAUAACAGCCCAUCGGAGGAACUGGAAUACUUUAUGUCCCCAGCCAUCAAUGUUCAUUCCAUUAUUCUGGACUUCACUCCUGUCAACUUUGUAGACUCUGUUGGAGUAAAAACCCUGAAGUCGGUAAGCUGCAAGUAGUUUAGCAGUUUAAAGGGCAAAUUAAACCAUUUUUUAAUCAAGUUUUUAUUUAGAUGCUGACAAGAAAUGUGAAUGCAUAUGUAACCAUGGUUCAAAAAAAAGCAUAACUUUUAUUAAAUUCUAUAAAAAAGGCUUAGUGGGCAUGAAAAUCUAAUAGCCCUUAGUAAAUAUUCCUGUUUAUUUAAACAAUAUCUAAGACUAUGGCAGAUAAGGGAACAGCUUGUUUAUUUGUUGUUUGCUUCUUUCCCUAUGCCUUAUUUAUACUGGGCUACCACUACAGGGUAACCAGAAAAAAGCCCACAUGAAAAUUGCACACAGAAAAAACCCUACUGUCAUAAAUGCCCACAAGAAAAAUGCCCACAAAGAAAAAUGCCCACACUGAAUAUGCACAUAUAGUAAUUUUGACCAUUUAUGAGCAUGAAUUACCUACAUUUUAUUUUGUUAUCAUUUAUAUUACCUACAUUUUAUUUUGUUAUCAGUAUCUAAAGAUUAAAAUAUAUCAUAUAUUUAUAUGCAACAAUUUGCAUUAUGAUUUUAUAAUGUAUAAUUAAUAAUUUUGCUAUGUUAUAAGUAUACUAAUUCACUGCUAAACAAAAUGUGUCCUAUGUAUGUAGAGAGCUUUAACCCCUUAAGGUCAGAGGCAAUUGUACAAGUUCUGACCAAAACAAAACCUAGAAUUUGAGCGAGAUAUAUAAGUCUGUUCAACCAUAAUUUACCUCUUUUAUAUUAAGUGUACCCACAUGUUUUAUAUAUCAUUUUUUUCAGGACAAACAUGGAUUUAAUUUCACAUCAAAUAUUAAUUUAUAUAUGAUAUAUAAUUUAAAUUAAAUCUAAAAAAAGUGUGAGAUAGUAAGAAAUGUGGCUGUUUUUCAACUGCUACAUGACAUUUUAUUUUUUAUUUUUAAUUCUUUAUUUUAGAAGUGCAGGUUUAAACAUCAUUGCAGGCAGUGCCACAACAGCAGCUGCGUUGCACAUCAUAACAUUUUAUAACAUUAGAGUGGCAUACUGUAGCAUAUAUCGGCACAAUUUUAUUGUUAUUUUGUGAUACCGUUAUCAGCAGGUUAAUCCACUAUGGUGUUCAGGAGUGCGAAUGCUCUAGUUCGAAUGUUCAAUGGAUAUCGCAAUCCUAUGUGUGGACGGUUGUGUGUGUUUGUGGAUGAGGGUUUAAUAUAAUGAAAGAUUUUGGUAAGUAGUUAGAGAGUAGUGGACACUGGACUUGCGAUCCCUGUGGAAAGCGCGGUUGGGUAUGGUCAGUAGCUAGGGGGUUUCGCGGGUCUCGAUCCUCUUGCGGUUUUUGAAAGUAUAGUUGCGUGUCCGUUGAGUGGCAAGAGGUCGGCACUCACUCCAAUUAUGUGUUAGUGCUGCUAGACAGAAGUAGGUGAGUGGGGGGUAGGGGUGUAAUAGCGGGAGUGUACUCCCUAUGCCAGCAUGCAUCUGAAGGUAAGGGGAUGCGUCCCUAGGAGUAUGGUAUUUGUGUCAGUGUGAGAGGUAAACAUCAAAAAACAGAGCAAGGCAAAAAGAACGAAAGCAGUGUAAGCCAUAUAGCAGGCAACAACAUAUAGAAGUAUAAAGUAAAGUCACUGGUUUCAGUCCGUGGCCGUUCAGGGCACAGCAGUUGUGGUGGGAUCUUCCCGCAUAGCAGCAGGAACAAACGGGCGGACCCUUUCGGGGUCCCAGGCGAUCGGCCGUGGAACCGGAGCAGAGGUCUGCGAUCCCUCCGGAGUGGUUGGAAGCCCGAGGGUCUGCAGCGUGCUGGGUAUUUCUUCUGCCCCUAGUACUUUCAUUGUCCCGGAUUCUUGGGCGAUCAAAAGGCUCCUUGGCAUUCCCCACCUGUAAGGCACCUGGAAUUUUGUGAGUAUUGGCGUUAGUGGUUUCAGGGAUCUCCUCCACUCUAAGGUUGCUCUAGAGAGGUCCGGAAAGAAAGUCAGUUGGUGUUCCUCAAAAGAGAAGGGCGAUUUGUUACGAGUGGCCGCCAUGAACGCCUGUUUGUCAAGGCUGUUUCUAAAGCGGAUUAUGACGUCCCGAUACCCUCCUGUGGCAUUUGCAGGUGGCGCUGGGAGUCUGUAGCUGCUGUCUAAGUGCAUUGUUUUGGCUUGUUUGGCUGAAAAUAGUUGGGUUAGGAGCCUCCGGAUUAGGUGAGGCAGUUAGGCUGCGGUAACUGUAUCAGGUAGGCCGCGGAUCUUUACAUUUUUCCAGCGCCUCCUAUCCUCUGCUGCGGCCAUGCGGUGCUGAAUCUUAGCUUGUUCGCCUUUCAGGGCGGCGAGUUCUCGCUCAAGUGUUGCGAGCCUUGUCUCGUGGCCGGCAGUUGUUACCUCCGUGUCAUGGAGGCGGGCUGAGACUCCUUUAAUUUCAUCCCGGAAUGUGGAGAUGUCUGUGGCAAUGUUACGACGUAGUUCGUCUAGGAGGGACUUUAGGGUGUUCUCUGUCACCGGUUCCCCAGGUCGUCGGUCAGACCGUUUGUCAGGUCUCUUACUGUGUGCCGGUGCCUCCAGGUCUCUCAGAUCGGUGAGGGAAGCUUCGCUGGAUGAGCACGACGGCCCAUCUGUGAGAGGCGCCAUGUCAGGCCUCAUGGAGCCCUGAGGCCUCCAAAGGAGAUCGCCGAUAUCGGCGGUUGUCAGGGGUUUAUCAGCCCGAUAUUUUUUUGACUUGCGCCCCAUCGUGGUUACAAGCUGUAGCCCAGCUGUGGUCCAGAUUUUCAGGGCAAAACUUGUUUUUUUUUGGCUCUUUUGGCUGUUGUGAAGUCGGAGCUCCUGCAGGACGCGUCCAUUCGCUUAGGCAGCUGGCUCCGCCCCCUGCUACAUUACAUUUUAACUGUGAAUGUCAAACUAUUCUUUUAGCUUUUACUGAAAUAAAACAGACAUAUUUGUAUGCUGUGAAGUCCCACAAGAACAAUGAUGCCCCCUAUGUACAAGUUUCAUCUUGUUUUGGAAAGUAAGAGUCAAAUGUAAGCUCAUUGAGCAGGGCCCUCCACCUCUCUGUUCCUGUAAGUCCAGUUGUCGGGUUACAAUUACAUGUCUGUUAGUCCACCCAUUGUACAGCGCUACGGAAUCUGAUGGCGCUAUAUAAAUAAUAAAAUAAUAAUAAAUAAAGAGCUUGCCCAUUGCAAUUUUACACAUUGAAAUUUGCCAGAUUGGUUUGUGGGCCUAUCUUGCCUUUGAGACUAUAUAGUAGCCCAGGAAUGAGAAUUAUCUCCAUCUUGGCAUACGAUUUGCAAAAGUGUGCAGCUCAGUGUAUUCAAAAUAGGGUAUGUCCAGUCUUCGUUAGUAGACACUCCGUCACAAACCCUGGCCAAACUUAGUGUUCAGAUUAGUUUUUUGCAUUUUUCACAAAAAAAACGCAGCUUUACUGAUAUCAUUUUAAUUAUACAUUUCCCUGUUUUAAAACACAUAUAUCCGUGUUCAGCAGUUUCACAAGUACAACAGUGCUCCUUAUAAAUGAAAGCCUUGUUUCUCCUGAAAUAAAUUAAUAUAUAAGUGCGGGUACACGAAUGAUAUAAAAGAGGUAAAUUAUGGUUGAACAGACAUAGAUCGCUCAAAUUCUAGAUUUUGUUUUGGUCAGAACUUGUACAAUUGCCUCUGACCUUAAGAGGUUAAAGCCCUCUACAUACACAGGCCACAUUUUGUUUAGCAGUGAAUUAGUAUACUUAUAACAUAGCAAAAUUAUUAUUUAAUUAUACAUUAUAAAAUCACAAUGCAAAUUGUUGCAUAUGAAUAUGAGAUAUUUUAAUCAUAAGAUAUUGAUAAAAUAAAAUGUAGGUAAUAUACCUAUUCAUGCUCAUAAAUGGUCAAAAUUACUACAUGUGCAUAUUAUUCAGUGUGGGCCUUUUUCUGUGUAGGCAAUUUUUCCGUGUGGGCAUUUUUCUUGUGGGCAUAUAUGACAGUGGGGUUUUUUCUGUGUGCAAUUUUCAUGUGGCCCUUUUUCGGAGAACCCACUACAGGUAUCUAAGUGCAUAUGUAAUCCCCCUAGAGUCGACAUAGGUGUGCUACAUCUCUGCUAGCAUUAACAUGUUUGUGCUUAUCUAUUCAGAAAAUAGCUUGACAGGAUACUAGUGACCUCUAUUGGUAGAUAACAGGUUCUACAUCCCAGGAAUUUGAAUAAUGGGUUUGUCUAAAUUUAUACUUUUGAAUGAACUUAAACUGGUGACUACUAAUAUUUCUUUUAAAAAAUCAUUUAAAAAAAAAAAAAAAAAACAAUUCUAACACAUUGAAGAUAGAAAAAUAAACUAAGGAUUAUUAUAUUUUUAUGUGCAUUAGGUCCGUCUAGGCUUUUUUAGUAUGAUAACUAAUAAAUUGUUUUAUUGAACCGCAGUUAGAUUUGAGUUCCAUCUCCUUUCACCUCUAUUUUUAUUGACAAAAAACAUGGUUACACAAGGAACAGUAAGAGCGCAGCAGUGUUAAAAUAAAAUUUACAAAGUUGGAGACCAAAGUUAUAACUAUGCUUAAAAAGGUAAGCAGCAGAAUAUCCAGAAUAGUUACAGCCCUUGAAAAUCAACCUGAUUAGCUUACGUCUAACAUAGGGCAGUGUACAUCGAAGGGCUGGCUGCAUUUGGCCUAGGGAGGCAACUACCAAUAAAUAAUUAAAGUAUAUUGUCUUACCACACUCCACCCCCUUUGUAAAUGUUGUAUUAAAUGUUUUAUAACUGUACUGCAAUAUUUGUGCUACAAAAAUAAUUCUAUUCAGUAUUGUGCUGUGGCCCACAAACCCCUCUAUACUAGUGGCCUGAGGGCAAAUUCCUUCCUGCCUUCCUUGCCAGCCCUCCCCUGGCAAUUUAGUUUUACAUCACCUACACAGCUCGGCCUGGGCUGGGACAGGAGCAAGAAUAGGCCUGGCUAGUAACACAUGUCAGUAAUUGGAUUCAUUCUUUGUUUGUGUGCUGUGUAUUAUUUUCUAAUGUGCUUUAUAUUCUCAGGCAAUGAAGGAGUAUAAAGAAAUUGGUGUUGAUGUCCUUCUAUCUGGCUGCAAUGGUAAGCUUUUUCAAAAUAAUAACCCUGUCUACACAGGGGUUAAACAUAAUGGGUACACAUUGCUUUUUAGCCAAUGAUCUUGGAAAUGUCAUCAAAACUAAUUUAAACAGACACUCUAACUUUAAAAAUGAACAUAUUUUUUUACUAUUUUACUAGUUUUUACUAGUUGUUUUUUAACUGGCGAGGUAGCUCAUUUGGUAGUCAUUCCCUGACUACCAAGCCUGUUCAAAAAUGCAAGGUCACAGGUUCAAAUCCCAGCAGGUUCAACUCGGCCCUUCAUCCUUCCGAAGUUGAUAAAAUUAAUGGGGUAAUCAAUGGGGUAAUACUAACAUAUAUUACUAUUCAGCUGCCAAUUUGGUUAAUUCCAAGAGCGUGCACUGAAAAGUGCCUUGAGUCCCACUUGGAGAAAGGUGUUAUACAAAUACAAGUUAUUAUUAUUAAAUACUAGUUAUAAUUGUUAACAUUAAACAUACAUGUAAUCCUGAGCUGUCCACUAUGAUAUAAUCUUGAUUGAUGAUAUCUUAUCCAAUCAGAUGCUUCUUUUAAAGAAACAAUGAGGAUCUCUGUGAUGUGCUCUGCCAAGCCAGUGCUUUUAAUUGAGAAGCACUAAACAUAUAAAAUAAACCAAUAUACAAUGCUGAUAAUGUCAUAGGAAGAAGAGAAAAAUAUGUUUUUAUUACAAUGUUUGUGUUACAUAUGGGAAUCUCCUCCAUGCUCAACAAAUGGAAUUUGAGCCAAAGUUAAAGAGUUUCUCAAACCCUUUUUAAUUUAAAAAAGAAUAAUGCCCUACUGGAGUCCCUUGGUGCAGUCCCUCCAUUUUGUGGUAAACCAUUUUUGAGCAGUUUAACACUGAAUGAGGGCCCCUGAGGACCCAUAACCCAUUGUAGGUAUGGCUAAAGUAGUGAUUACACUAUUUCUUAGCCAUUUCAAUUUGUGCCAGCAAUAGGCAGCUGUCAACUCAAACUCUUAGUCGCUUAAAGUGGUCAGCUGAAACUCUUAGCCAAUCACUGCCACAGAUUGCUACUUGGGCUAAUGCAUUAUUAUCAGCCAAGAAGCACAGAGGACAUGGGCUGCUGGGGAUUCUUGUUUUUAGCAUUAAAUCAUUAAAAAUAAAAGUGAAUAAAAGUUCAGCACAAGGGGCUCCAGACACUAUAACCACUUUAAUGAUAUGAGGCAAUUACAGUGUCUCUUUAAAUGACAGCCUUUUACUAUCUGACUUUUGAAUACUAAAGGUUUUAUUUCUCUCCAUAAGACACAGACAGAAUAUUUAAAAAAAAGUAUUUAGACAUUGAAUGUAUCUCUAUGCCCUGCACAGUAGGGCUUUAUGGGUAGUACAUGGGUCUGUAGAAGUUGUAUGUCCAUUAGCAAGGUUUUACUUCUGAAGGGACAGCCCUGUAACCAGCAAGAUGGAAGUGCUUUAGUAUGGAUAAGGUGGGACAUAUAUUGAGCAUCUAUCUGUUUGUGAACUACAGUUCCCAUAAACAUGUUAGCCACUCGUGGGAGUAGUACUCCACAAAUGUCCCCUGAUCCAUUAUUUGUAUGCAUUAUGUAAAAGCAAACACCAUCUCCAUGUGCUAAUAUAUCCUCUUUAUUUAUCCUUGUUUACAGCAUUGGUUGUACGAGAUCUAACCAGUUUAAAUUUCUUUGACAAAAACAUCGAGAAAGACCUUCUCUUUCACAGUAUUCAUGAUGCUAUGAUCCACUGCAAGUUUAAAGCCUCUUCCUCAGCACUCACAUCUUCAGAGGAGCAGGUUCUGACCUCAGAUACAAUCAGCCAGAUCUGA